AUGUUGCGCCUCGCGGCCAAGGUGGUGGCCUUCUUCUGGAGGAGGGCGGACGGCCCCGAGGAGGGGACCGGGCUGCGGAGGCUCGAGCCCGCGGAAGGUGACGCCAAGCUGAAAACCGUGCAGGGCGUGGUGACGAGGUACUGCAGCGACUACGGCAUGAUCGACGACCUCAUCUACUUCUCCAACGACGUGGUGACGAGCAAAGUGCUGCUGAGCGUGGGGCAGGAGGUCAUCGCGGUGGUGGAGGAGGAUAAAGUGUCCAACGGGCUGAAGGCCGUCAGGGUGGAAGCUGUUUCUGAUAAGUGGGAAGAGGACAGCAAAAACCAGGGCAGAGGACUGUCCGACUCCAGCCCCCGGGUGCUGAUUGGCUGUGUGACGUCGCUGAUGAAGGGCGCUGGCUACAUCAAUCAGACCACAUACUUCUCUCUGAAGAGCGUUUGUGAAGGUUUCGAGCCGUGCAAGGGCGACUGGGUGGAGGCCACCUACUGGAUCCGGCCGGGCACGUGGAGCAGCGAGGCCCUGUCGGUGAAGCCGCUGCGGUACAAGCGUGUGGACAAGGUCUGCAUUUCCAGCCUCUGUGGCAGAAACGGGGUGAUCGACGACUGUGUCUUCUUCACCCUGGACUCUCUGAAGCUGCCUGAGGGGUAUGUGCCGCGAAGGUACGACGUGGUCAGCACCGUGGUGGUGGAGAGCAGCCAGUCCUGCUACAUGUGGAGGGCCCUGUGCGUGACCCCCGUGAAGAGACGAGACCACGCCCCCGCCGAGGCCUCCGAGGAGACCUGCGAGGCCCUUCUGCUGAAGAACAAGGGCGGCCUUGAAGUCACGAGGGCCACCAGCUUCGGCACGCUGCGGGAAGGGGGCAGCAGGAGCCUGGUGGUCUGCAUCGAGAAUAAAGGAGACGUCCCGCAGAAGCUGGUCAGCUGCAAGCUGGCCGGCUGGGACAGAACCAGACAGUUCCGGUUCCACUUGCUGCAGGGGACCCAGCACGGCCCCCCAGCACCUGCUCCCGACCCUGAGACGCGGGAGAGCUGCCCAGACAAAACCUACCAGAUGGCGGAGAGCAGCGUGGCCCACAGCAGAGCAGUCUCUCCAGAUAACUGUGCCUGCAAAGGAGAAGAGGGAGGAAGCGGACAGGGCGGCUGGAGGAGGCAGGUCAUGGAGCCUGAGCCCAGUGGGCUCAUCCCUCCCGGAGGAAGAGCCCUGGUGGUGGUCACGUGUGAGGCCAAGACUGCCGGCCGCUGCAAGGAGCUCCUCCUGCUCUGCUUCUCCAGCUGCCUGAUCGGGCGCAUCCUGGACGUGGGCGUGGUGAGCGCGGAGGAGGCCCUGAUCGCCGUGCGCGAGCCCUUCCUGUGGAAGAAGUCUAAGAGUCCCCCGGCGCCGGCGCCCACGAAAACGACGGUUGUCGUGACCACGCAGAAAAGGAACUCAAGGCGCCAGCUUCCAAGUUUCCUUCCCCAGUACCCCAUCCCCGACCGGCUGAAGAAGUGUGUGGAGCAGAAGAUUGACAUCCUGACUUUCCAGCCUCUGCUCGCCGAGCUUCUGAACAUGUCAAACUACAAGGAGAAGCUGUCCACUCUGCUCUGGCUCGAGGAGAUCCAUGCGGAGAUAGAGCUGAAAGAGUAUAACAUGAGCGGGGUUGUCUUGAAGAGGAGCGGGGACUUGCUGGUGCUGGAGGUCCCGGGGCUGGCUGAGAGCCGGCCUUCCCUGUAUGCAGGUGACAAACUGGUUCUGAAAACUCAGGAGUACAAUGGACACGUCGUUGAGUACAUCGGCUACGUGGUGAAGAUUCACGAAGAAGACGUAACCCUUAAGCUGAACCCGGAGUUUGAACAAGCGUAUAACUUUGAGCCCAUGGACGUGGAAUUUACAUAUAACAGGACCACGAGCAGACGGUGUCACUUUGCACUUGAGCACGUCAGCCACUUGGGAGUGAAAGUGUUGUUUCCAGAAGAAGUCAUCUUACAGUCUCCCCAGGUGACAGGCAGUUGGAACUGUGCAGGAGACAGCAAGAGCGACGGGCAGCCCGCCCCCGAGGUACCCUGCCGCGCGGCUCAGCCUGCGGGAGCGCUCAGUGUGGCGGGCGUGGGGGUGGGUCACAGGUGGCCCGAGGCACGGUUAGGACAGCGCUGGGGACCUGAGACCGUGCGAGCGUGGUUCUACCCGGUCUCUGAAGGCGAUGAGCUGCAGACCCCCGGGGCCCGAGAGAAGGAGUUCUUCAACCCCCUGCUCAACGAGAACCAGCAGCUGGCCGUGCGUAGGAUCCUGAGUGGCGACUGCCGCCCCCUCCCAUACGUCCUCUUCGGGCCUCCUGGCACUGGGAAGACGGUGACCAUCAUCGAGGCUGUGUUACAGGUGUACCACGCCCUGCCGGACAGCCGGAUUCUGGUGUGUGCGCCCUCCAACAGCGCGGCCGACCUCGUGUGCUUGCGGCUGCACGAGAGCUGCCUGCUGCGACCCGGCAGCAUGGUGCGCGUGAACGCCACCUGCAGGUUCGAGGAGACGAUCGUCGAGGCCAUCAAGGCGUACUGCAAAGACGGGGAGGACAUCUGGAAGGCCUCGCGCUUCCGCAUCAUCAUCAGCACCUGCAGCAGCGCCGGCCUCUUCUACCAGAUCGGAGUGCGAGUCGGACACUUCACACAUGUGUUUGUGGAUGAAGCCGGACAGGCCAGUGAGCCGGAGUGCCUCAUUCCUCUGGGGCUGGUCUCCGACAUCAGCGGCCAGAUCGUCCUGGCCGGGGACCCCAUGCAGCUCGGGCCCGUGAUCAAGUCCCGGCUGGCCAUGGCCUACGGGCUGAACGUGUCCAUGCUGGAGAGGCUCAUGUCCCGGCCCGUGUACCUGCGAGACGAGGACGCAUUCGGUGCUUGUGGCGCCUACAACCCCCUGCUGGUGACCAAGCUGGUGAAGAACUACAGGUCCCACGCGGCCCUGCUGGCCCUGCCCUCCCGGCUCUUCUAUCACAAGGAGCUCGAGGUCUGUGCCGACCCCAAGGUGGUGACCUCCUUGCUGGGCUGGGAGAAGCUCCCCAAGAAAGGCUUCCCCCUCGUCUUCCACGGCGUGCGGGGCAGCGAAGCGCGGGAAGGGAGGAGCCCAUCCUGGUUCAACCCGGCCGAGGCCGUGCAGGUCAUGCGCUACAGCUGCCUCCUGGCCCGGAGCCUCUGCAGCCAGGUGUCCGCGCAGGACAUCGGCGUGAUCACGCCCUACCGCAAGCAGGUGGAGAAAAUAAAAAUUCUUUUGAGAAAUGUGGAUCUGAUGGACAUAAAGGUCGGAUCAGUAGAGGAGUUCCAAGGGCAAGAGCAUUUGGUGAUCAUCAUCUCAACCGUGCGGUCGAACGAAGACCGGUUCGAAGACGAUAGGUAUUUCCUGGGUUUCUUGUCCAACUCAAAGCGUUUCAAUGUGGCCGUCACCAGGCCCAAAGCCCUGCUGAUCGUGCUGGGAAACCCCUACGUCCUGGUCAGGGACCCCUGCUUCGGCGCAUUGCUGGAAUACAGCAUCACCAAUGGCGCGUACACCGGCUGUGACCUGCCGCCCGAGCUGCGGCACCUGCAGGGCUGAGCCCCACAUCCCUGCCUCGCCCGUUCCUGCUCCGGGGCUGUGGCGGCGCUCUGUCUAGCAGCGGACGGUUGGCAUCACCCCUCCCUGCACAGCCUCCAUAGACACGUGCUCCUCAUAAAACCACACCAUGAAGAGGCACCUGCCCAGCUCACCUCGGGGUCCUGAGCCUGAGCCCUGCGGGGAGCCCAGUGCACUGGCUGCCGCCUCCCACAGCUGAGCUGGGGCUGAGCUGUGCAGCCUCCCUGCUUAGAGGAGCCGGGAGCCCAGGAACAAGGGACCCGGGACCUUGCCCGGAGUCCCUACUGGAAGGAGGGCAGCAGCCUCUGUCUGCCAUGGUCACGGCCGUCUCCUGCUGUCUUGGCCACAAGCAUGGGGGCCGCUGGGCAGGACGGUGCCUGCCCGACCAUCAGCCCUGCCCUGCCCAGCCCCUUCCUGGCACUGUAGUCACCACACCACGGCCCAUCACCAAAAUAAACACUCG